ACAGGGUAAAUCGUGUCAGAGCUUGUACGUUAGACGGCAUGACUGCAGGUGAACGAGUAUUACGUUGUGCUUAGAGCGGGUUAUUACAAUAUUUUUAUAACUACAUAUAAAUAACAAUUCUUUAAAUUAUAUCAGUAUUAAGUAUCAUGCCUUCGGUUCUUCUCACCGAAUCUAUUGCCGUUGAGUUAGGAGCUGUGGAGCCAUGGCCAGAUGAUGUUAAACUAUAUCAGCCAUAUGAAGUGGAACAAAUCUUAUUGCCAGAUAAUGCUAGUUGUUUAAGUGUACAGGCUUUUCUAAAGAUGGCUUCUUUGGAUUUUCAAGUGCAAAUGAGAUCAAAUGCAGAAAGCAUGUCACCAUCAGGUAAAGUGCCUUUCAUCAGAUGUGGAGCUUUUGUUGUAGCAGAAAUGGACCCUAUUGUGGCUUUUGUGAAUACAAAGGGUAUUCGGCUUAACGAUCACUUAAGUGAUGCUGAGAAGGCUGACAUGAGGGCUUAUAUGUCAUUGGUUAAUUCUGUUCUUGCCAAUGCAGAGUUGUACAUUUGUUGGUGUCACAAUGAGACAUUUCAAGAGGUCACGAAACCACGCUAUGGUUCUGUAUAUCCAUGGCCACUGAACCAUGUUUUGUGUUGGCGAAAGAAGAAGAGCAUUAAAAAGAAGUUGGCAUCUGUUCAGUGGUUGGACAAAAGUUUAGAGGAGGUUUACGAAGAAGUCAACAACUGUUGUCAUGCUGUCUCGGAGCGACUUGGUACUCAAAAGUAUUUUUUUGGUGAAAGACCCACUGAACUAGAUGCCCUAGUAUUUGGACACUUUUUCUCCAUCAUCACUACUCCUCUUCCUGACAACAGACUAGCUGCAACUGUUCGUGGAUAUCAGAAUUUAAUUGAUUUAUGUAAGACUGUAGAUGAAAAGUUCUUCCAGAAGAAACAAGAAGAAUAACGUUGUUUGGACCGGAAUUUUUUUUCUUCUUAAGAUUUUUUAGUUUUGAUAUGGCUUACUUGUAUCGAUGAGUUUGAUUGAUGUAUAGCUUGUAUAGUAUUCAGAAAUGUACUAGAAUAAUAAAAUUAGUAUUAUGUGUGUGUU